AUGGCUCCAGCGAAUAAGUUCUGCUUUCCCAUCCCGGCGGUAUUGGAGAGCGAGCGCGUCAAGUUGGUUCCUUUCGAUUUCGCUGUUCACACGAAACUACUAAUUACAGCCUGCUCUGAUGUCAGCAGCUACGAUUUCAUCCCCAUGGGUCCGUUCAAGGAUGAAGAAGAGUUUAUGGCCACUUUCCAGAACGAGAAGGCGGAAGAUAAGGGGACGAUUAUGUUCGCGGUGUAUGACAGAACCAAGGAGGAGGGAUACGCAGGAAGGACGCAUGUAACGUCCAACGCGAUCGGGAUCCUCUUGAAACACUCACUUGAUCUUCCUGAGGAUGGUGGCCUUGGCUUGCGGAGAGUGGUUUGGCAGGCCAGUGCAGCCAAUGUCGCUAGUAUUAGGACAGCGAAGAGGAUGGGGUUCAAGCAGGAGGGGGUUCUGAGGUGGCAUAAAGCGUGGCCUGAAUCCAAGUCCCGUGGUGCAAAUGGAAUUCGUGUGAGAAAGGGGGAUCCUGGGAAGGAAGUGUUUCCAUUGGGACGAGAUACUGUGGUUUUGAGUAUAUGUUGGGAUGAUUGGGAAGGUGGGGUACGAGCUCAUGUUGAGGCGACGAUGGCGCGAACAGAAUAA